AGGGUGUAGUCUUAAAAAAACCCUAACGUCAAACAUGGUCACUGCGUGGAGGUGAAGGGCAUCAUUCCCGAGGGCUGUAAAGGAUUUGCCAUAAAUUUGGGGAAAGAUCCGAAGAAUUAUCUGCUACACUUUAAUGCUCGAUUCGACCUCCAUGGAGACAGCCACAAGAUAGUCUGCAACUCGAAGGAGGACAACAACUGGGGAGCGGAGCAGAGGGAGAGCUUCUUCCCCUUCCAGGAGGGGUCAGAAACCUCGAUUUGCUUCAAGUUUGAGCAGGACAACAUCAAGGUCCAGCUAUCCUCCGGAGAGAAUUUCUCAUUUCCAUCCCGCUUCCCCGCAGAGGAGAUCGAGUUCCUGUCCUUGGAAGGCCUCCAGCUCAAGUGCCUGACACUAGAAUGA